GUAAGUUGUAAGUUUCAGUCCUAAGGAAAGAUUUUCUCUGAGAAGAGAUUUUACGAAUGUGCUGAUGUCAGUGUUAAUUUUCCUUUCAAAUGUUGUCAUUACGACAAAUGAUUAGCUCUAUAAUUUCAUCAAAUUUUGGCGAAAAUAAAAGCUACAAAAUAGUUGUGGAUGGCAAAGACAAUUACUUCUGCCAGUGUCCUUUGCUGCUUCUUCAGAAAGUUCAUUUAAAAGAUCCUUUGACAUGUUUAAUAGAAGAAACCUUGUUUGCCCAUCAUGAGCAAUUUGGAUGUUCAACAACAUCUUUGUUAACUAUGUGGUAUUUGUGGGAUGACAUAUUUCAUAAAUUAAUGGAAGAGGGAUGUGAAGUGAAAGAUAUUAUUAAGUAUGUUCAAGUAUUUUUGGAGAAUGUAAUUUCACAGAUUUCAGAGGUUACUUUCAAAGUCGACCAAGUACUUUUUCCAAAGACAAAAACCCUUGCAAAUGAUAUUUGUGGGAAGGCAUUAAAGAAACCAAGUAUGCUCCAUCAAAGUAGUUGGCAUAAUUUAUACAAAGUAAUGCCUGAAAAAGCUAAGAAUUUAUCGGCAAAAUCAAGCAUUGGUUUAAAAUAUAGCAGCCGUCAUUUUUCACCUUUCCUGGCAUCUGAAAUAGAAACGAAUGUGAAUGAGGAAAUUCCAGGAAUGGAUAAAAAUAUUUUUCAAAGUUGUCCUGAUAGUGAAGAACAUUUGUCAAAAGAAACAACUGAUCGUCUGUAUGCUGUAGUCUGUAAACUUAGUCGAGGUAAUGAAGAAUAUGCAAAGUUAGCUCACAAGAUAUGGGUUCAGCAAAUUUUGACUACUAAGUCCUUAAAAUUUAAUACUGAAAGCAUAAUUAUUUGUCCAAUAACCACAUCUUCUGCAUAUUCUUCUGUUAUCCAAGGCUUGCUUAUAAAAUCAAAUUUUAGGAAUUUUGAAAGCCAAGACUUCAAAAUAAAUGAAUCCUGCAGAGCAUUGGUAAUAAAAGGGAGUAUUACAUUUGAGUAUGUUCAUCUAGGUUUUAACCCUAAAAUUUCUAUAACGAAGCAGAAGACUGCAGAAAAUUAUUAUUUAUGUGAGAGAGAGGUUUGGAUCAAAAAAUGCUGCAGCUUGAUUUCUAAACUGAAAAUUACCCUGCUGUUUGUAAGAGGCGAUGUUGAUCCUGAAAUUGCUUCCUUUUGUCAUUCACUUUCAAUUCUUAUAUUCUCCAACCUGCCAUCAGAAACAAUGAAAGUCCUUCAUACAGUUUUUAAUCCAAUGGCAUGUGCAUAUUUGCUUGACUGUGAUGUGAAAAAUAUUCUUUCAAAUGUUAGCAUUCAACGUUGGAACACAUCGCAGAAGGAAACACAAGAGGAAUAUUAUUUAGUCAACAAUAAAUGUUAUGAAAAGGCACAUUUCCAUACUGUGGUGUUAUGUCAUCCUAGUUCUUCAGUUUUAAGUAGCCAUGUGCACCAAUUCUGGCACUUACUUUCAAGAUUGCAUCAUGGAUCUGAGCAUAGUUUGUUACCUGGAUGUGGGAAAUCAGAAAAUUGGUGUAGCAAAAUAUUGGAGAAGACCUGUAUCCAGAAUAGUAUCAAAUUGAAGAUAGCUACAGCUCUUGCUCAAGGAUUCUCAAGUUAUUCCAAAAUUUUGCAAAAAGAAAAGGAUUCUGACCCAAUUAAUGAUAUGUUAGAUGAUACCCAUUCAAAGGUGAAUUCGUGGCGGUCAGCUCUAUCCUUAGUGCUUAUGACAUUACAGUGUGAUUUAUUCAUUAUCAAUGGUUCCGACUAUGUGAAUGACGUUCGUUUAAAUGAGUUAGUCUCUUAUUUAUAAAUUGAGGUUUUGAAAAAACCGAUGUAAAUAUCACAAGUAUUUUUAAUAAACAUUUGA